GGAGCUUUUCAUUCCGGUGCCGUAGUUCGUCUCGCAAGCUUCGAGGCGCCGUUCGGGCUCGCUUGUGCCGCUCCUUUUCUUGGUCCUCCCUCCUCUCUCUCUCUCUCUCUCUUUCUCUCUCACACUCUUUCUUUCUCUUACUCACUCACUUACUCACUCACUCAGUCACUUACUCACUCACUCAGUCAUUCACUCACUUAUUCACUCAGUCACUCUCGUUCUCACUCUUGUUAUCUUUCUCACUCGUGUGUCUAUUCAUUCGUUGUUCACUCGUUCAUUCAUUCCGUAUACACUGUUGUAUAUUUUACACGUAUACGCGGAUACUACGUUUGAUCUAUGCCUAUCUCAUAGGUAUCUUCUUUCUCAUUUUACAUUUGACGUUCAUCGCGUGUUUUCGUGCGUGGUAUUCGUGCGUGCAAAUAUAUUAGUGCUCUCCUGUGUGUUCUAGCUCGUGUCGUCACCUCCGUCGCUUUUUUAGAUCGACGAACUGUGCAUCGAACUUGUCGAUUUAUGAACGAGGAUUUCUUUUGGAACACUACGAGGAGACUUGAGAGGUGCCUGUUUUAUGGAUUUUACAUCCAAGCGAACGGUGAUUGUGUUAUCAUGAUGAUUAUUAUCUCACCGUUGGAUGUGUAAAGAUCGAUCUGUGAAUGUUCGCGAGUGUUGUUCCAAUCUCGUUUAGUGUCAUCGCCGUCUUUGUCGCUAUUGGUGGUUGUGGUAGCAGUGAUACUGGUGCUUGUGAUACCGGUCAUAGUGAUGAUGCAAGUUACAGGACGAGACGCGUGAUUUUUAAAUCUCAUGAGUUUAAAAUUAAGAGGACAUCGUUAGCGGAUCUUCGUAAUUAACUAACAGCUUAGAAAGGAUUUCGUGAGUGAGAUUUAUUCAAGAUCGAUCGAUCGGUUAAACGAUGAAACAAGAAAGACGAAUAAGUUAAUAAAGAACAUCAUGAUAAACGUUGACAAACGUGAAAAAUUUUAAUUCGUGAAUAGACUCAUCCAGUGAUUCGUGCUAUGAAUCAAAAAGAAACUCGCGUAGGCGUGAGACUGAAAAAAUCAUUAACAACGUCCUAUCGAUCAGCGAUUAACGGUGGAAGUCGUUCGGUUCGAAAGAAAAGUACAAGAACGAAGAUGCUAUCAGUAAAAAUCUUACCGUUACGAGAGUCCACCGGCUGGUAAAUCUUCGAUAGAAGUAGCUGAAGCAGUUAAUUGAACUCGAUGAUCGGCUCGAAUGAGGUGGCAAGGGCAAUGGGUCCUUGCAUCGCUUUUGGCAGGUAAUCGUCGUUGUGCCACGGUGGCUAAAUGAAGAGGGAUCGUUUGGUGGGCCGGUGAUCGAUAGCGGAUACCGCUUGUCGCCGUGCGAGAUUCGAUUCGCGAUGGAACUCCUUCCGCUGUUAUUACUUUGCCUCCUGAUCGCUCAGCCAACAGCCUAUUCCCUUUCGAUCAAGAGUAAGCUCAAUCCGCGGAUCGUGCAAACUCGCUACGGCGAGGUUCAGGGCUUGAUCAGGUCCUUCGAGAACGCAAAGUUCCUCAAGCCGAUCGACGUCUAUCUUGGAAUACCCUACGCUACACCACCCGUUGGGAGCAACAGAUUCUCUCCAACAAGGGCACCCAGCCCUUGGGAAGGUGUCAGAGUAAUGGACUCGGUCGGUCCAGUUUGUCCUCAAAAACUUCCAAACAUCUCGAUUGAGCAAGAGGCUCUCGAGCGCAUGCCUAAAGGAAGACUGGAAUAUCUGAGAAGAUUGCUACCUCAUUUGCGAAACCAAAGUGAAGACUGUCUAUAUUUGAACAUCUAUGCUCCUGCUAUGGGCAUGGCGGAAAGUGGUAGGAGACAUCCGGUUGUCCUUUACAUUCACGGUGAAAGCUAUGAGUGGGGAAGCGGAAAUCCUUACGACGGUAGCGUCCUAGCCAGCUAUACCGAGCAAGUGAUCGUGACGAUCAACUACAGGCUGGGCGUGCUAGGCUUCCUGAACGCCAACGUGGCGCCUGAAACGAAGGCGAGGGUGGCGAAUUACGGUCUGAUGGAUCAAAUCGCGGCUUUACACUGGGUCCAACAGCACAUUGCACUUUUUGGCGGCGAUCCCGAAAACGUUAGCCUCAUGGGACAGGGUACAGGAGCUGCUUGUGUCCAUUUUCUUGCUAUCAGUCCAACCGUCAUAAGAGGUCUUUUCAAAAGGGCGAUACUACUCUCGGGCAGUGCAUUGUCUUCUUGGGCUGUAGUCGAGGAUCCCGUCUUUUAUGCGCUAAAGCUCGCUAGAGCGAUAAAUUGCACGAUUCCUGAGGACCUACUCAAGGACAACGAGUUGAUAGUCGAUUGCCUCAGAGAAAGCAGCCUUGAGGAAUUGAUGCAGAUCGACAUACAACCACCAACUUUUCUCAGCGCCUUUGGACCGAGCGUAGACGGUGUAGUUAUCAAACCUGAUUUCCAGAAGGACCUUUUGUCCUAUCUUGGCCCAGAAUUUCAAGGAUUUGGACCACUCCCGAAAAAAGCUGAACAUGGAGCACCCAUAACGAGCAACAAUAAAUACGACCUAUUGUUCGGCGUCACGACCAGCGAGGCUCUUUGGAAAUUCGCUGAGAAGGAUGUGCAUCAAGGAUUCGAGGGUGAAAGGAGAGACAGGAUCAUCAGAACUUAUGUCAGAAAUGCUUACGUCUAUCAUCUAACGGAAAUAUUUUAUACGGUCGUCAACGAAUAUUCCGAUUGGGAACGGACGGUACAGCAUCCGGUGAAUACAAAGGACGCCUGUGUCCAGGCAUUGAGCGACGCGCAAUUCGUAGCACCGCUCGUUCAAACUGGUGAUCUUUUCACUCUGAGGCACACGAAAAAGCCAAAUAAUCCUCACAUCGCGCCAUCGCCCGAGAUCGAGAAGGAACCAAUGCCAAAAACGUUCUUUUACGUUUUUGAUUAUCAGAUGAAGGACGGCGAUUAUCCACAGAAAAUGGGCUCCGUUCAUGGUGAGGAGCUACCUUUCGUCUUUGGCGCCGCUUUGGUAGACGGAUUCGCACACUUCCCGAAGAAUUACACGCGAUCUGAGGUGGCACUAUCGGAGAGCAUCAUUCAAUAUUUCGCCAAUUUCGCUAGGACUGGAAAUCCAAAUGGCGUUGAUCAUCAUACAAGAAAUGACACGCUUUUACCGGCUAGUAGAGAAAAAAGUCGUUUUCGAAGUCUCACGUGGGAUCAAUACGACCCGGUACAUCAAAAGUAUCUCGAAAUUGGAAUGAGGCCAAAAGUAAAAAAUCAUUAUCGAGCUCAUCAGCUCUCCGUUUGGCUACGACUCGUACCGGAACUUCAUCGUGCUGGAAUGGAAGACGUUGAUUCGAGACACAAUCUUUUCCGAGGACACGCUGAUCCAAGUCUUUACGAUGGUUUAGUCAGGCCAGAUCCUUUGAGUAGGAUCACUGAGGAAUUUAAAAGAAAGAAUAUAAGCACUGAACCACCUACCACAACCGACUACAGCAUAACCACCUGUGUCAGUCUUAUUCAAAGCACAAAUCUACAAAAUAUGCACAAUGCCAGUACCGACACUUUGGCGAGUCUCGAUGCAGCUGGAUACGCUGCAUAUUCGACAGCAUUAAGCGUGACUAUAGCGAUCGGCUGUAGUCUACUUAUAUUGAACGUCCUCAUAUUUGCUGGUGUCUAUUAUCAGCGAGACAAGACGAGACUCGAGGUCAAAAGCCUCCAGCAGCAACAGAUGUUAAAUCAACAGUGUGGACCGCGCGGUUUCACGGAGUUGAAACAACCACCCUCGUCACAUUCACAUUUUCCUGGUAGUGGUCAAGUUAUCGUUGACGUUGAAAAUGAAAUGCUCAGAAGAAACGUGAUGAAAGGGCCUCCGAACGAGCCUAACACUUUACAAGGCACACACACCCUGCCGCAUCAACAUCAUUACCAGAAGCAACAUCAGCAACAACACGCCACGCUUCCUCGUGCUUCGGUCAUGCAGGACAUGAACGCGCAAACUCAAGGACCACCGAAUGGAUCCAUACACCUCACAGUGCCACGUGCUCCACCACCACCCCGUGCGAAGAGUCCUCCAGAAAAUCAACCCCUUCUGCAGAGCACAACCGUCUCGAGCCGUGUCUCGCAAGCAACGAUGAGCGAAAUGCGAGUCUGAUGCUUAGACCCCCCUCCGAAGCCGGUCGUCCCGGACGUCCUAACGGCGUCGACCUUGCUCUAAGCCUCCUUGUCUGAUAAAAAUAAUAAUAAAAAAAAAAUAACAAUAUAUAAAGACGAGGAGAUGGGAGGGGGGAAAAGAGAGAAACGUCCGAAAUAAUUCUAUGCAUUUUCAUGCCCUAAACGCUUCGCGUCUUCCUUUUUAAUGUAAAUGGAAGGAGGGAGAAUGAAAUGAAAGAAAGAAAAAGAAGAAAAAGAAAAGAAAAGAGAGGAAAAGAGAGGAAAAGAGAGGAAAAAGAAGAAAAAAGAUAAUAACUCGAAUCGUCUUUUUAACGAUCAUAUUUUUGAUCGUUUACGACUAAUAUCCGCGAUUAAUUAUUUUCGACAUCGAUCGAAUUAUGAUCGUUCAUUUACUUAAACGAUUCGAAAUUUGAAUUUGGCCGAAAGAGGAAAUACAAUUAAACUAACAAUUAACCAUGAUCUUUUCUCUCUGUAAUUAUUCGAUAUUAUAUAUCAGGUGAAUCAAUGGAUAUUUUUCUAAUUUUCUUUUAACUUUCAAUGAUAUCAUUCGGAAACGACGAUUGAAAUCGAAUUGUUGUUAUAAUUUCUAUAAUUAAUGAAACAUUUUCGGAUUUUUUUUAUAUCUUAAAAUUGAUAAUAAAAUUAUUGAAUCACCAUGUACAAUUUAACGUUUACCUAUAUUGAAUAAAUUCUGUUCAAAUGUGUAUACGUGUAUCACGAAAAGAUUAUUAAGAUUUAUUCAUGAAACGAGAGAAUAUUUUAGACAAAAAUUACAUUUGUUUAAAAAAAAAAAUAUAUAUAUAUAUAUAUAAAUAUAUACACACACACACACACACACACACACACACACACACAUACAAAAUAUAUAAAUAUAACACAUAGAGUUCUGUUAAAAAAAAAAGAAAAAAAAAAAAUAAUAAUACAAGAAUAAAAAUAAAUAAAAUUUAAAUCCGUCACAUCACAUAUUUCCCUCGAGAAAUCGAGAACACUGUUUUCUUUUUCAAACAAUUCUUUCGUAUUUUGAAUAACUUAAGAAAUAAAAUAUGUAUAAAAUACGUGUAUACUCUUUGAAACAGGAUAUAUACCGUGUAGGUAUUAACGAUAAAAAGGAGAGAUGGAUCUUCAAAGAGGCGAAGGAACGAUCAAAAGAAUAAAUAUAAGAAUAAGAAUAAAAAUAAGAAUAAGGAAAAGAGAAAGAGAAAGAGAAAAAGAAAUAAAUAAAAAAAGGGAUAAGUAAAAAGAAUAAAUACAGAAAAAAAAAAAAUAAAUAAAUAAAUAAAUAAAAAAUUAAGAAAAGAGGAAGGAGAAGAAAAAGGUAAAAACAUGAAGAAGAAGCUCGUGUAUAAAUUACUAAUCCACCACGAUGUUAGAUGUUCCUUGUACAUACAUAACGUAACACUUUAUACCGUAAACAAGCCAAAGUUUGCUACUUUCUAAGAAGAAAAAUGUGAAAGAAUAAAAGAGAAAUAAGCGAAGAGGAAAAACUUCGCUAACGCGUAUCAUUUCUUCAUCCAUAUUCUGUUUCUACAUUUAAGAAUGCUCGAACAAGUGCGUAUGCUCGUGUACGCGUGUGAGUGUGCGAGUAAUGCUCGAGAUGAACAGAAUAGAAAGAGAGAAAGAUAGAAUGAAUGUGUGUGUGUGUGUUUGUGUGUGAGAGAGAGAGAGAGAGAGAGAGAGAGACAGAGAGAGAGAGAGAGACAGAGAGAGAGAGAGAGAGAGAGAGAGAGAGCAAAGAGCUUUGUACAUCUACAAUGAUUCUCCUCGUGGCUAUUAGACGAUC